UCGUGCCAGGCAGAUAAGGGAGAGACGGAGCCUGGGACAGGGACAGAGAGCGAAAGAAAGAAAGAAGCAGAGAGACGGCGUGAAGGGCUGGAGCAGGGGGCAGAGGGCCGGGCAGGGAGGACGGAGGGAACAUGAAAGAGGAAAAAGAAGGGAAAAACCCAAGCGCUCAAAAGGCCGGGUGUGAGAUAGGAGCUUGCCCCCACCCUCCCCCACCUGCCAUGUCUGCCCCCCCGGUGCCAUCCGACCACGUGACAGUGAACAUGGCCACGGAAGAGGUCCAGAUCCAGCUAUGCCCGGACCCACGUCUGGUGAGCACGACCACAGGAGGCGUGGAAGGCGCCUGCCACCACUGCCUCCUGCCCUUCAGCGUGGUGGCGCUGCUGAUUGGGGUGGCAGUGACGGCCGUGGCCUACGCCCAGGACACCCACGGCUCGGUGCUGUCAGUGCUGGGAUUGGCCCUGCUGGGUGCCGGGGCGCUGGGCCUGGCUGGGAGCUACCUGGCCUACCGCUGCCGGGGCCGCAAGAUCAGGGGCUGGAGACGCGGCAGCUUCACCCUGUUGGUGGGGGACCAGCUGCAGAAAAAGGUGGUGGUGUGAGAGUCCGAUCCUGGCCAGCGUGGGACACCAGUCCGGGUUCUGCCUCCAUCCCAAGUCCGAUUCGGGCCGGCGUGGGUAUCCGGGCCGGGUUCUGCCACCACCCAGAGUCCCCUGACUGAGCCAUCCCACCUCCUGCUGCAUGGGACCUGCCCUGUGUUGUGUGUCAUUGCCCCUGUACCACAGGUCGCGGGGGAUUCACCUUUAAACCCAACACUCCCUCGCCCAACUCUCCUGCCUACUGACAUCACAGCCUCCAGCCCUGCCUCAGACUCCGGUUGCAGCCCUCUUGCCGCAUGAACUACACAUCCAUGGGCCCAUCUAGCGUGGCAUCCCGCCUCCAGCAACAACCAGCAUCUGCUGCUGUGGCGGAAAGGCCUGAGACGCCCCCGCACCCCACGUGCGAUUAUGGAAUAAUUCACCUGGACACUGCGCUCCUGCCCUUGCUGAGAAUCCUGUGGCCGGGAGUUCCGCAGGCCGUGCAAAAAAAUAUCUCGCCCGCAUCUAUUCUCCUCCCUGCUGUUUUGAUUUAAAGGGCCAGCCCAGAGCUCAGACAGUGGACAGGGUCCAGGUAGAGGAGGUCUCUGCCCCUGCUCAGGGGCUGGGUUAGUUAUGAAGGUUUCUGAGGAGGGUAGCGCUUUGGAGCUGGGUAGAUCAGCUGCUGCAGCCCCCUCUGGGGUGGGGAGUGGGGGCUGGUUAUACGGGGAUCCCCCCCGCAGUCCCUGAGCGCAGCGCCCCCUAGGGCCGCUCUGGGGCACCAGGGCCCUGGGUGGUGCCCGGCCGGGUGGGACCCGCCCAGUUGUUGCCAUCUCAGUGUAAACAGCGAGAGCUUAUCAGCCCCGGGCUGGGCUCCGGCCAGGUCAGCGCAUUGUUCGCAGCCUUGUGCCCGGCCGUGCCCGGCGCCCCCCGGCUUAUCUGCCUCCCGCACAGGGGCUGGGGGGGGGCUGAGGUUAGAGGAAGCAUGUGGGGGGGGCAGCACCCUGGA